GAGUUGAGAGCGCGCAGACAGGGCGAGAAAACUUCUUCUCCACCUAGAAAGUUUCACCUUGGCGGGGGCGGGGGAGGGGCGGGAGGAAACGCGACCCCCGCGGGGACUGGCGCGGCGCGCGGGCGGCAGGAAGGGCGGGGGCCGAUUUCCCCCUCUGGGUGGUGCCAGUCCCCACCUCAGCGGUCCUAGGACCGGCGGACUAGGCGGCCGACCCCGCGCGAGACAGACGGGCACGUGCUGGGGCGGGCAGGAGAGCGAGCGCCUCGGUCAGGUCGCCCGGCCGUGCUUCCCGCCUGGACGCGCCCGGGGCGGCCACGGGCCGCGCGCGCCGAUGCCCGGCUGAGUCACCCGCCGGGUAGCGCGCGGGUGAGAAGGGGCGGAGGGAGCGCGGCCGGCUGACGGACCGGGCACUCGGCUCGGCCCCGCCGCAGGUGACCCGGACGCUCUCGCCGCCCGGAGCGCCCCGAGCGCUUUGUGACCAGAUGCGGAACCCAGCGGAGGGCGCGAGCCAGAUGCGGGGCGACAGCUGACUUGAGGCGGGGAGGCGCGGAGCACGCGGGUGGUCUCUGCGCGAUUGACUUCUCCGCGGUUCUCGGACACCGCAAGUAAAGCAUACCAGAAAAAGCCUUCAUUCAUAUGUGUGAGGCAUUCUGCUCCUGUUAUCAGAUUAAGAGCUAUCAGCUUCUCACCAUGAAGGCCUCUGCUGUGAUUGCACCUGGCAUCCUUGUACUUCUGUUUACCUUGGUGCACAAGAGCUAUGGGGAGUGCAAAGAGGCACUAGUAAAGUCUGAGAUGAAUGUGAACAUGAAGUAUCAGCUUCCCAACUUCACUGCAGAAACACCCAUCCAGAAUGUUGUUUUACACAAGCAUCAUAUUUACCUCGGUGCAGUUAACUAUAUUUACGUUUUAAAUGACAAAGACCUUCAGAAAGUUGCUGAGUACAAGACUGGGCCUGUGCUGGAACACCCAGAUUGUUUCCCAUGUCAGGACUGCAGCCACAGAGCCAAUUUAUCAGGUGGCAUUUGGGAAGAUAACAUCAACAUGGCUCUAGUUAUUGACACCUACUAUGAUGACCAACUCAUUAGCUGUGGCAGUGUCCACAGAGGGACCUGCCAGCGACAUGUCCUUCCACCCAGCAAUACUGCUGAUAUACAGUCGGAAGUUCAUUGCAUGUACUCCCCACAGGCAGACGAAGAGCCCGGCCAGUGCCCUGACUGUGUGGUGAGUGCCCUGGGAACCAAAGUCCUGAUAUCUGAAAAGGAUCGGUUCAUCAACUUCUUCGUGGGUAACACCAUAAAUUCCUCGUACCAUCCAGAUCAUUUAUUGCAUUCAAUAUCAGUGAGAAGGCUAAAGGAAACGCAAGAUGGUUUCAAGUUUUUGACAGACCAAUCUUAUAUUGACGUUCUACCUGAGUUCAGAGAUUCCUACCCUAUUAAAUAUGUCCACGCCUUUGAAAGCAAUCAUUUUAUUUACUUUUUGACAGUCCAACGAGAAACUCUAGAUGCUCAGACUUUUCACACAAGAAUAAUCAGGUUCUGUUCUGUAGACUCCGGAUUGCAUUCCUACAUGGAAAUGCCUCUGGAGUGUAUUCUCACGGAAAAAAGAAGAAAGAGAUCCACAAGGGAGGAAGUAUUUAAUAUUCUCCAAGCUGCAUAUGUCAGUAAGCCUGGGGCCCACCUUGCUAAGCAAAUAGGUGCCAACCUGAAUGAUGACAUUCUCUACGGAGUGUUUGCACGAAGCAAGCCAGAUUCUACUGAACCCAUGAAUCGUUCUGCCGUCUGUGCAUUCCCUAUCAAAUAUGUCAACGAAUUCUUCAACAAGAUCGUCAACAAAAACAAUGUGAGAUGUCUUCAACAUUUUUAUGGACCCAACCACGAACACUGCUUUAACAGGACACUUUUGAGAAAUUCAUCAGGCUGUGAAGUGCGCAGUGACGAAUAUCGAACGGAGUUUACCACAGCUUUGCAGCGUGUUGACUUAUUCAUGGGCCAAUUCAACCAAGUCCUCUUAACAUCUAUAUCUACCUUCAUUAAAGGAGACCUCACCAUUGCUAAUCUUGGGACGUCAGAGGGUCGUUUCAUGCAGGUUGUGGUUUCUCGAUCAGGAUCGUCAACCCCUCAUGUGAAUUUUCGCCUGGAUUCCCACCCUGUGUCUCCAGAAGCAAUUGUGGAGCACCCUUUAAACCAAAAUGGCUACACACUGGUCGUCACUGGGAAGAAAAUCACCAAGAUCCCACUGAAUGGCUUAGGCUGUGAACAUUUCCAGUCCUGCAGUCAGUGUCUCUCCGCCCCUCCCUUUGUGCAGUGUGGCUGGUGCCAUGACAAAUGUGUGCUAUUGGAGGAAUGCCCCACUGGAACAUGGACUCAGGAGAUCUGUCUGCCUACAAUCUAUGAGGUUUCCCCAACUAGUGCACCCUUGGAAGGAGGGACAAUGCUGACCGUAUGUGGCUGGGACUUUGGAUUCAGGAGGAAUAAUAAAUUUGAUUUAAAGAAAACCAAAGUUCUCCUUGGAAAUGACAGCUGCACCUUGACCUUAAGUGAGAGCACAACAAAUAUGCUGAAAUGCACAGUUGGUCCUGCAGUGAAUGAGCAUUUCAAUAUAUCCAUAAUUAUUGCAAAUGGUCGAGGGACAGCACAAUAUAGUGCAUUUUCCUAUGUGGAUCCUAUAAUAACAAGUAUUUCUCCAAGUUAUGGUCCUAAGACUGGCGGCACCUUGCUUACUUUAACUGGAAAGUACCUAAACAGUGGGAAUUCUAGACACAUUUCAAUUGGUGGAAAAACAUGUACUUUAAAAAGUGUGUCAGAUAGUAUUCUCGAAUGUUAUACCCCAGCUCAAACCACUCCAACUGAGUUCCCUAUUAAAUUGAAAAUUGACUUAGCCAACCGAGAGAUGAACAGCUUCAGUUACCAGGAAGACCCCAUUGUCUAUGCAAUUCAUCCAACCAAAUCUUUUAUUAGUGGUGGGAGCACAAUAACAGCUGUUGGAAAAAACCUGCAUUCAGUUAGUGUCCUGAGGAUGGUAAUAAAUGUACCUGAAGCAAGAAGGAACUUUACAGUGGCAUGUCGACAUCGCUCUAAUUCAGAGAUAAUCUGCUGUACAACUCCUUCACUGCAACAGCUGAAUCUGCAACUCCCUCUGAAAACCAAAGCCUUUUUCAUGUUAGAUGGGAUCCAUUCCAAAUACUUUGAUCUCAUUUAUGUACAUAAUCCUGUGUUUAAGCCUUUUGAAAAGCCAGUGAUGAUCUCAAUAGGCAAUGAAAAUGUACUGGAAAUUAAGGGAAAUGAUAUUGACCCUGAAGCAGUUAAAGGUGAAGUGUUAAAAGUUGGAAAUAAGAGCUGUGAGACUAUAUACUCAGAUUCUGAAGCCGUUUUAUGCAAGGUCCCCAAUGACCUGCUGAAAUUGAACAACGAGCUAAAUAUAGAGUGGAAGCAAGCAGUUUCUUCAACCGUCCUUGGAAAAGUAAUUGUUCAACCAGAUCAGAACUUCACAGGAUUGAUUGUUGGUGUUAUCUCAAUAUCAUUAAUACUCUUAUUAUUACUCGGGCUUUUCCUGUGGCUGAAAAGGAGAAAGCAAAUUAAAGAUCUGGGCAGUGAAUUAGUUCGCUAUGAUGCAAGAGUACACACUCCUCAUUUGGAUAGGCUUGUAAGUGCCCGAAGUGUAAGCCCAACUACAGAAAUGGUUUCAAAUGAAUCUGUAGACUACCGAGCUACUUUUCCAGAAGACCAGUUUCCUAACUCAUCUCAGAAUGGAUCAUGCAGACAAGUUCAGUAUCCUCUGACAGACCUGUCCCCCAUGCUUACCAGUGGGGACUCUGAUAUAUCCAGUCCAUUAUUGCAAAAUACUGUCCACAUUGACCUCAGUGCUCUAAAUCCAGAGCUGGUCCAGGCAGUCCAGCACGUAGUGAUUGGGCCGAGUAGCCUAAUUGUGCAUUUCAAUGAAGUCAUAGGAAGAGGACAUUUUGGGUGCGUAUACCAUGGGACUUUGCUGGACAAUGAUGACAAGAAAAUUCACUGUGCUGUGAAAUCUUUGAAUCGAAUCACUGACAUAGGAGAAGUUUCCCAGUUUCUGACUGAGGGAAUCAUCAUGAAAGAUUUUAGUCAUCCAAAUGUUCUCUCACUCUUGGGAAUCUGCCUUCGAAGUGAGGGGUCUCCGCUGGUAGUCCUACCAUACAUGAAACAUGGAGAUCUUCGAAAUUUCAUUAGGAAUGAGACUCAUAACCCAACUGUAAAAGAUCUUAUUGGCUUUGGUCUUCAAGUAGCCAAAGGCAUGAAAUAUCUUGCAAGCAAAAAGUUUGUCCACAGAGACUUGGCUGCAAGAAACUGUAUGCUGGAUGAAAAAUUCACUGUCAAGGUUGCUGAUUUUGGUCUUGCCAGAGACAUGUAUGAUAAAGAAUACUAUAGUGUACACAACAAAACAGGUGCCAAGCUGCCCGUGAAGUGGAUGGCUUUAGAAAGUCUGCAAACUCAGAAGUUUACCACCAAGUCAGAUGUGUGGUCCUUUGGCGUGCUCCUCUGGGAACUGAUGACAAGAGGAGCACCACCUUAUCCUGACGUCAACACCUUUGAUAUAACAGUUUACUUGUUGCAAGGCAGAAGGCUCCUACAACCCGAAUACUGCCCAGAUCCCUUAUAUGAAGUGAUGCUCAAAUGCUGGCACCCUAAAGCUGAACUGCGGCCAUCUUUUUCUGAACUGGUCUCCAGGAUAUCAGCAAUAUUCUCUACUUUCAUUGGAGAGCACUAUGUCCAUGUGAACGCUACUUAUGUGAAUGUCAAAUGUGUGGCUCCAUACCCUUCUCUAUUGUCAUCACAAGAUAACAUUGAUGGCGAGGGGGACACAUGACGGAUGGAUACCUCACCAGCCCCCUUCUGAGAAACAUCACAGAACUUUCCAAACAAUAGUCUACACUUGUUCAAUUUUUUUUUCACUGCCUGGCCAUUGAAAGGGCACCAGAUAUUUUUUGCUUUUGUCAAGAUUGCACUAUUAUAGGACUUUAUAUUGCUAUUUAAAAUGAGUGGAUUCUAAGGAAUUUCUCAGCUGACAGAGCAUCAGAGCCAGAAGCUUUGUCCCAUAGGCCAGUGACCAACAGCCACCCCACAGCUGUGAUGACGCUCCUGUGCCUUCAGCCCAAAACCUGGAUUCUAGGUUGAAAUGUUUAAAAAUCAGGAUCCUACAGGAUUUCAUAUGAGGAACAGAGGCAAUGAAUUAUGAGGGCUUCUUGAUCACAGAAAAUUCAGAAGAAAUCUUAAAGUCCAGGACAGAUGUGGCUCCAGUACCAAGCCACUCAUUUAGAAUGAAAGUGUUUCAAAAAACUUUCAUGUGUUGUAUGGUCACUAACAUUUUUUAUUACUGAUGUUGUCAUUUGCCCAUUAGGCAAACAUUCCCUUUUAAAUUUUUGUAUCACAUUCCUUUUAAUGGAAAAAUAUCCAUAGACAAUGCAGUGAACAUUUCAAAAUGGCAGGACAUGAAAUGUGCUUAUAAAUUAAUAGGGAAUUUACAUAUUGUACAUAGAUGACAUUAAGAAGGUUCUCAUAAAAUAGCUUAGUCACAAUGAAAUAUUUAGUUGUCAUUUAGAAAUCAACUGAGAAUUAUACUGUUCUAAUGAUUGUGGACAUUUAGACAGUUUGUCUGUAUUUUUUUUUUAUGACGACUCUGAAAAUACAACAAGUGAUUUGUGGUAAGUGUUUUUUAAAGGUAACUCAGCAUGUUGUUAAAGCAGAAUACAUCUGACUAAAAGGUUCAUUGGUUCCUAUCAUGGCUCAUGUAGAGCAAAGAAAGGAUCGAUGGACUGGAAAUAUUAGCCUCAUUCUCAGGUGGCAGCUUCCCACCCCACAAACAAUUGGAGGUAAUAAAACUUUCUGGGAGUCCAGUUUGUCAUUUGGACAUGCUUUGUGUGAAGCAAAACAUAUUUUAAGGGGAAAUAAAAGCAAUUGAGAGUUCUGGCCAUUUCACCUGGAUGAACAGCUCUUCUGGGCAGGAUUUUAUAAUGUUUGUUCCGUGGGAUUUUGUGCUUACUACUGUAUAGUGCAUGUGGCACAGGAUACUCUGUUUUUGUCAAUGUACACAUUUAAAGUAUUAUAUUUUUAUAAAAAUGUUUAUUUUUAAUGAUAUAAGAAAACUUUUGUUAGGCCACAAAAAUACUGCACUGUGAACAUUUCAGAAAAGGUAUGUCAGACUUGGAUUAGUAAAAGCAUAGUUCUCAAUGGCUGUAAAUAGUGAUAAGGAAAUGUACUGAUUGCCAGUACACCCCACCCUCAUUACAUCACCAGGACUUGAAGCCAAGGGUUAACACAGCAAGCUCUAAAGAGGGUGUGUUACACGGAAGCCCAAUAGUAGAGCUGGGCUGAUGUUGCAAGAGAGUGAUAACAACCUAAACUCUUUGACAGUGGUGGAAUUUACCAGAAGACACAAGGAAAUGUACGGUAGAGAUAUAUUCCAGUUUAAAUACUGUGUCAGAAGAGUAAAGAGUGAUGCUAAUGCACAAAUAUUGCAAAUGGUGGGUAACAAAAAAAAAAAAAAAAUCUUCAGAAACAAAUGUCUCUACUACUAUCCAGAGGAUGAAUACAUACAUUGAGAGCAGAAAGAGCAUGUGGAAACAGCCCAUCAACAAGACUACACACCUGUAUAUAUGCUUGAGAAAGCUGCGAUGUGAAAAUCAUGUUUGCUGUUUAUAAACAUGUUCUUAGGUUAAUGUGUCUGGGCAGAUUGUGAGAAUAAUUGGUUCUUCUAAGAGUUAGAUACUUGUCGUUGCUUAUGCCUGCAGUUGAGCAGAAUGGUACUUUGUAUGUUAAUAGUUGUUGUUUUGAUAAAUCAUACCAUUAAAAUAAUGUAUCAUCUUGUUA